AUGCUUCAUCAGCGCACCCCCUCCCAAACCUCGAUUGGGCCUUUCAAUACGCCGAGGCCCACGGUGCACCUUGAGCACCCGCCUUCCAUCCCGCGAUCGCCCAUUCGCAGUACCGACCCUAUGCAGAGCGAGUUCUCGUCGGCGCUUCCGCCGGCGCGACCGCCCGCGUCGUUCACGCGCAGCGCCUCGUCGCGCAGCAACCCGGCACUCACACCUGCCAAGCGACCUUCGUCUGGUCACUCGUCGCGCCAGUCGUCGUCCGACUCGAUCGGCUCCGUCAGCACCGCCUCGUCUUUCGCCCGCGCUGAGUCUUCGGACUCGACCGCCAGCAGCUUUGGCUCGUCCAGCGCGGAAGAAGAGGACCUGAUUCAGGUGGUCUACACGUCGUCCGCCAAAUCGCGUCACAUGCCGCUCGACGAGGUCAAGCAGAUCCUGCGUGCCUCGCGAUCCAACAACACCGCCUUGGGCAUCACCGGCCUCCUACUCUACCGCGAUGGUUCCUUCGCCCAAUUCCUCGAGGGUCCCGCUGACGCCGUCGACUCGCUGUACGACAAGAUCGAGCGCGAUUCGCGUCACCACGGCGUCAUCCGCGUGCUUCGACAGCCCGUCGCCAAGCGCGACUUCCGACAGUGGAGCAUGGCCUUCCGCGACCUCGACAUGGUCCGCAAGCACCGUUCGCACGAUUCCGACUGUGUUGGCGACGAGAUGGCUCCGGAGGAGCACGUCAACGAAGGGUUCAGUCAGCUGAUGAACGUUGGCUUGAGGGUGGGCGACUCGUCCGAUGGCGAUUACCGACCCGACGCGUAUGGCAACGCCAAGCUCGAUCUGCCCGCAGACAUGUCGGCGAGCAUGCGUAAGCUCGUCGUCACCUUCUACCGUCUCAUGGAUCGUCCCCUGUAG